ACCCCAAGUCCGGCGUUAAUCAUAGGCGAACUCGAGCAGCAACUUCUUCAAGCCAAUCCCAUCCUCGAGGCCUUCGGAAACGCGAAGACUGUGAAGAACGACAACUCGUCACGUUUCGGAAAGUUCAUCAGGAUUAAUUUCGACGCCUCUGGAUAUAUAGCCGGCGCAAAUAUCGAGACGUACUUAUUGGAAAAGUCCAGAGCGAUCAGACAAGCGAAGGAUGAAAGGACUUUCCACAUUUUCUACCAACUCCUGGCAGGAGCCUCAACCGAACAGAAAAAGGAGUUCAUCCUGGAGGACCCGAAGCACUACCCGUUCCUGUCGAACGGGGCACUUCCGGUUCCGGGGGUGGACGACGCAUCAGAGUUUUCCGCAACGGUGAAGGCGAUGAACAUCAUGGGGAUGACGACCGAGGAUUUCUCCGCCAUCUUCCGAAUUGUUUCAGCCGUGAUGCUGUUUGGUUCGAUGCAGUUCCGCCAGGAGAGGAACUCCGACCAAGCUACACUUCCGGACAACACGGUUGCACAGAAGAUCUCCCACCUUCUGGGUCUCUCUGUCACGGAGAUGACAAAGGCCUUCCUGAAGCCGCGGAUCAAGGUGGGCCGGGACUUCGUGACGAAGGCGCAGACGAAGGAGCAGGUGGAGUUCGCCGUGGAGGCCAUCUCCAAGGCCUGCUACGAGAGGAUGUUCCGCUGGCUGGUGAACCGAAUCAACCGAUCCUUGGACAGGACGAAGAGGCAGGGCGCCAGCUUCAUCGGCAUCCUCGACAUGGCCGGCUUCGAGAUCUUCGAGCUGAACUCUUUCGAGCAGCUCUGCAUCAACUACACGAACGAGAAGCUGCAGCAGCUCUUCAACCACACGAUGUUCAUCCUGGAGCAGGAAGAGUACCAGAGGGAGGGGAUCGAGUGGAAGUUCAUCGACUUCGGGCUGGACCUGCAGCCGACAAUCGACCUGAUAGACAAGCCGAUGGGCAUAAUGGCGCUGCUCGACGAGGAAUGUUGGUUCCCCAAGGCGACCGACAAGACCUUCGUCGAGAAGCUCGUCGGGGCCCACAGCGUCCAUCCUAAGUUCGUCAAGACCGACUUCAGGGGCGUCGCCGACUUCGCCAUUGUCCAUUAUGCCGGGAAAGUUGACUACUCCGCCGCGAAGUGGCUCAUGAAGAACAUGGACCCGCUUAAUGAGAACGUCGUCAGCCUCCUUCAGGUCUCCCAGGACCCGUUCGUUUGCCACAUCUGGAAGGAUGCGGAAAUCGUCGGCAUGGCCCAGCAAGCUCUGACCGACACCCAAUUCGGAGCCAGGACCAGGAAAGGGAUGUUCAGGACAGUCUCCCAGCUCUACAAGGAGCAGCUAUCCAAGCUGAUGAUCACCCUGAGGAACACAAACCCGAAUUUCGUUAGAUGCAUCAUCCCCAACCACGAGAAGAGAGCCGGCAAGAUCGACGCCCCCCUGGUCCUCGACCAGCUCCGGUGCAAUGGCGUCCUCGAGGGCAUCAGGAUAUGCAGACAAGGAUUCCCUAACAGGAUACCUUUCCAGGAGUUCCGGCAAAGAUACGAGCUCCUCACCCCCAACGUCAUCCCCAAGGGAUUCAUGGACGGGAAGAAAGCUUGCGAAAAGAUGAUUCAAGCUUUGGAGCUGGACCCGAAUCUGUACCGCGUGGGACAGUCGAAGAUCUUCUUCAGGGCGGGAGUGUUAGCUCAUCUCGAAGAGGAGCGCGACUACAAGAUUACGGACCUAAUCGUGAAUUUCCAGGCAUUCUGCCGCGGCUUCCUCGCGCGAAGAAACUACCAGAAGCGUCUUCAGCAGCUGAACGCAAUCCGCAUAAUCCAGCGCAACUGCGCCGCCUACCUGAAGCUGCGUAACUGGCAAUGGUGGCGCCUCUACACGAAGGUGAAGCCACUUCUGGAAGUAACAAAGCAAGAAGAGAAGCUGACUCAGAAGGAGGACGAGCUGAAGCAAGUGCGCGACAAGCUAGAACUGCAGCUUCACUCGUCCCAAGAGUACGAGAGGAAGUACCAGCAAGCAGUAGAAGAGAAAACCAUGUUAGCGGAGCAGCUUCAAGCCGAAGUGGAGCUCUGCGCAGAAGCUGAAGAGAUGCGCAUGCGCCUAGCGUCUCGGAAGCAAGAGCUAGAAGAGAUCCUGCACGACCUGGAAGCCCGGAUAGAGGAAGAAGAGGAGCGAAGCACGGCCCUAACCCAGGAGAAGAAGAAGCUCCAGCUAAACAUCGGCGACCUGGAGGAGCAGCUCGAAGAGGAGGAAGCAGCUCGGCAGAAACUUCAGCUGGAGAAGGUGCAAUGCGACGCGAAGAUCAAGAAACUAGAAGAGGACCUAGCCCUCUCGGACGACACGAACCAGAAGCUGCUGAAGGAGAAGAAGAUCCUAGAAGAGCGGUCGAACGACCUCUCGCAGACCUUAGCCGAAGAGGAAGAGAAAGCGAAGCACCUGGCGAAGCUAAAAGCGAAGCACGAGGCGACGAUCGCGGACCUGGAGGAGCGUCUCCUGAAGGACCACCAGCAGCGCCAGGAGGUGGACAGAUCGAAGCGAAAAGUGGAGACGGAGGUUUCAGACCUGAGGGAGCAGCUAUCGGAGCGAAGAGCGCAGGUGGAGGAGCUGCAGCUCCAGCUAGGGAAGCGAGAAGAAGAGCUGACCCAGGCGAUGAUGAAGAUAGACGAGGAGGGAGCCGCGAAGGCGCAGUCUCAGAAGGCCCUCCGGGAGCUGGAGUCGCAACUAGCGGAGCUUCAAGAGGACCUAGAAGCGGAAAAAGCAGCCCGGAGCAAAGCAGAGAAGCUGAAGCGCGACCUGAACGAGGAGCUGGAGGCCCUGAAGAACGAGCUUCUGGAUUCCCUGGACACGACGGCCGCCCAGCAGGAGCUGCGGAGCAAACGGGAGCAGGAGCUGGCCACCCUGAAGAAGAACCUGGAGGAUGAGACCUCCCUGCACGAGGGGACGCUCGCCGACAUGCGACACAAGCACACCCAGGAGCUGACCGCGAUAAACGAGCAGAUGGACGCCCUGAGGAAGGCCAAGGCCGCGUUGGAGAAGGCCAAGUCCUCCCUGGAGGCCGAAAACGCCGACCUGGCGACGGAGCUGCGCUCUGUGAGCGCCAGCAGGCAGGAAUCGGAUCGUAGAAGGAAACAAGCCGAGCAACAGCUAGCAGAGGUCAACGCGAAGCUCGCCGAAGUGGACAGGGCGAAGCAGGAGCUCGCCGAGAAGGUGGCGAAGCUGCAGCAGGAAGCGGAGUCGGUGAUGCAGCAGCUGGAGACCGCCGAGCUUCGCGCAUCCGCAGCGAUCAAAGCUUCGGCGACCUGCGAGUCGCAGUUCUCCGAGAUCCAGCAACAGCUCGAGGAGGAGACCAAGCAGAAGCUGUCGCUGAGUUCGAAGUUGCGCGCCCUGGAGAGCGAGAAGGAGGCUCUUCACGACCAACUCGAGGAGGAGGAAGAGGGGAAGCGGGCGCUGGACAAGCAGGUGCAGAGCUUGAACCUGCAGCUGGCAGAGGCGAAGAAGCGCGGAGACGAGGAAGCCGAAGCUGCGGCGGCGUUGGAGGAAGCCAGGAAGAGGUGCCUGAAGGACGUGGAGGCUCUUCAGCGUAGGGUGGAGGAGCUGCAGGCUGCGAACGACAAGCUGGACAAGUCCAAGAAGAAGAUCCAGGCCGAGCUGGAGGACAGCAACAUCGAACUGGAAGCACAGAGGGCGAAAGUCCUGGAGCUGGAGAAGAAGCAGAAGAACUUCGACAAGGUCCUUGCCGAGGAGAAGGCCGUCGCCGAGCAGUACGCCGAGCAGAGGGAUUCCGCGGAGCGGGAGGCGCGGGAGAAGGAAACCAGGGUCCUGUCGCUGAUAAGGGAGCUGGAGGAGCUGAACGAUAAGGUGGAGGAGCUGGAGCGAGGUCGUAGGGGUCUUCAGGCCGAGCUAGACGAGCUGGUGAACAGCCAGGGUACCGCCGACAAGAACGUGCACGAGCUGGAGAAGGCGAAGCGCAGCCUGGAGUCGCACCUCGCGGAGCAGAGGUCGCAGAUCGAGGAACUCGAAGACGAGCUCCAGUUCACCGAGGACGCGAAACUCCGGCUGGAGGUCAACAUGCAGGCGAUGAGGACCCAGUUCGAGCGGGACCUGCAGGCCAAGGAGGAACAGGCCGAGGAGAAGAGGAGAGGCCUCGCCAAACAGCUCAGGGACCUGGAAGCAGACCUCGAAGACGAGCGGAAACAGCGCGCUGCGGCCAACGCGGCCAGGAAGAAGAUGGAAGCCGACUACAAGGACAUCGAGCAGCAGCUGGAGAUGCACAGCAAGGUGAAGGAGGACGCGCUUAAGCAGCUGAAGAAGCUCCAGGUGCAGAUGAAGGACUGCGCCAGGGAGACGGAAGAAGCCAGGGCGGCGAGGGACGAGCUGGCGGCGAGUGCGAAGGAGACGGAGAGGAAGGUGAAGAACCUGGAGGCGGAGCUGAUGCAGCUCACGGAAGACCUGGCCAGCAGCGAAAGAGCCAGAAGAGCUGCCGAGAACGAGCGCGACGAGUUCCAGGAGGAGAUCAACAACAACGCGAACAAGGCCACGUUGAUGCUGGACGAGAAGAGGAGGCUCGAGGCCAGGAUCGCCACCCUGGAAGAGGAGCUGGAAGAGGAGCAGACCAACUGCGAGGUCGCCUCCGAUAAGGCCAGGAAGGCGCAGAUCACGAUCGACCAGCUGAAUACCGACCUCACCACGGAGAGGUCCACCACGCAGAAGCUGGAGUCUCAUAAGAUGCUUCUGGAGAGGCAGAACAAGGAGCUGAAGGCCAAGUUGGCCGAGCUGGAGACCAGCCAGAGGACCAAGACCAAGGCCACCAUCCAGGGUCUCGAGGCCAAGAUCAACAACCUCGAUGAACAGCUAGAGACCGAGGCCAAGGAGAGGUUCGCCCAGCAGAAGAUCAACCGGAAGCUGGACAAGAAGCUGAAGGAGAUGGGCCUUCAGCUGGAGGACGAGAGGAGGAACGCCGAGCAGUACAAGGAACAGGUCGAGAAGAUCAAUGCCCGGAUGAAGGCCCUGAAGAGACAGCUGGAUGAGGCCGAAGAGGAGAUCGGAAGGGAAAAGUCACAGAAGAGGAAGGCGCAGAGGGAGAUGGAGGACAUGAUCGAGACUCAGGAGGCUCUCACCAGGGAGGUCGCGAACCUGAAGAACAAGCUGAGUUACAGUCGGAAUCCUCCGGUUGGAACAGAGCUUCCCCUGAAUAGUAAAAUUUGGCGCGGCGGCCCCGGGAUAAGUCUGAGCUCGACGAGGUUGACGAAACGUGGCUCGGUGCAGACCGGCGGCUCCGGGGACGAUUCGACGACCCAGGACGAGAGCAUCGACGGGGAAGAGACCGCCAAUUGAAUCCUCAAAACGUUCCGAGAGAGUGUAACAACCGACGUUUGAUAACGAGCAUAAUAUAGGUCGAUUAAGGAGAGCGCCCGAUUAAACGCAACGAGCGAGCGAUUCUCUCUUUCCGAGGGAAAAGGCGAGACAUUCGGAGAUUCGGAGUUCCUGGGUACUUCCGACACCUCGUCGCGGAGCGAGAGAGGGACGGAGAUACGGGAUCGCGCGAGAGCGAGAGAGAGGACCGAGGCCGACCGCAGCGCCGCGCGCGGAGGCGUCCCUGAACUAAUCGGCAGUUACUUCGGUUUUCCCUUCCUUUCGAAUUUGCUGCGUAGGUUUGAUUUU